AUGGCAGAUAUGCUAAAGGUAUUGGCUUUUCUGAAUAGUCGACUAAUGAUAGCGAUUGGAAACGUGAAGGGGUCUCUUUUAGAGAAUGAGUUGCAUUUAGAUUGCAAGAAAGAGCAUUUGGAUACCCAUAUUUGUGUCAUUACUAUGACAUGCAACCCUAAAUGGCCUGAAAUUGAGCGUCAAAUUGCGAAGCAUGGGUUAUCUACAUACGAGAGACCAGACAUUGCAUGUCGAGUGUUUCGUGCCAAACUUGACCAACUAAUGGCUGACUUUAGUAAGGGCGAAUUGUUUGGUAAAACUAUGGCAGCGACUUACACUAUUGAGUUUCAAAAGAGGGGUUUGUCGCAUGCCCACAUUCUACUAUGGCUUCAUCCCGCAUAUAAAUUAAAUUCUAUUGCCAUGAUAGAUUCAGUCAUAUGCACGGAACUUCCAAAUCCAGAGAUGUAUCCCAAUCUUUUUAAUGUUGUGUCUAACUUUAUGGUACAUGGACCAUGUGGAUCAAGCAACAACCAAUCACCAUGUAUGAAAAAUGACAAAUGCUCGAUAUUUUUCCCUAAGAAAUUUACAAACUCAACAUCAUUUGAUAGGGACGGAUUUCCUAUAAAUAGAAGAAGGAACACUGGAGUAACAACAACCAGAAGAGAUAUCCCGUUGCACAAUGGCUUUGUUGUUCCGUACAAUCCUAAAUUUCUAAUGAAAUAUCAAGAUCAUAUCAACAUUGAAUAUUGCAACAAGGAAAAUUCAAUUAAGUACUUAUUUAAGUACAUAAAUAAGGGUGUCGAUCGUGUCACUAUGGCGAUGUCUCUGCCAAAAGAUGGUAUUGAAGUUGAUGAAAUUAAACAGUACUAUGAUUGUAGAUAUUUAUCUCCAUGUGAAGCAGUUUGGAGGAUAUUUAAUUUUUUCAUCCAUGACCAAUGGUCGUCUGUUAACAAUUUGACAUUUCACUUACCCAAAAAGCAAUCGGUCAUAUUCUACAAUGAUCAGAAUAUUAAUGAUGUUUAUGACCGAUCCAAAGAGAAGAUAACUAUGUCCAUGGCUUGGAUGGAGGCUAAUGCAAAGUAUCCUACCGCAAAGGAUUUGACGUAUGCUGACUUCCCUUCGUUGUUUGUUUUUGAUGAGAUUAAGUGCGAAUGGAGACCUCGAAAGAAAGGUUUUUCAAUUGGAAGAAUGAAUUUUGUGCCACCCGGAACUAGAGAGCUUUUUUACAUGAGAAUGUUGUUGAAUGUUCAACAAGGGUGCAACAAUUUUGAUGAAUUGAGGACAAUGAAGAAUGAGUUGUAUGAUACCUUUAGAGAUGCAUGUGCUGCUGCGGGAUUGCUUAAUGACGACAAUGGAUUUAUUGAAAGCAUAAAGGAGACAUCUCUAUUGGGUUCUGAUUUAAGGAUUGAUGAUCAAAGACUUCGCGAACUUUGCUUAAUGGAGAUUGAAAAGAUACUUUUGAUCAAUGGUAAAUCACUGAAGGAUUUUGAUGGAAUGUCUGUUGUUAAUGCUGAUCUCUUAGCUUAA